AUGUCAACCACGGCUGCUUUCGACCUCGGCCAGCCAUCCGAACGCGCCGAUGGCCAUGAAACACGUUCGGAUAUCCACAACUUCCCUACAGCUCCAGUGCAAGAUGCUCCCGAAGGUAAUUCUGCUAAGGCCUCGAGGACAAGCGCGCCUGAUGGACUGAAGCAACCUACGGUCCGCACUCACCUCACCACGCCCAUCCUCAGGAAGUCCGCUUCCGCAGACUCAUGUAUAUCCCAACGAAUCUCGCCUCAAUCGGAUAGUCCUAUCAACGGAUUGCAUCGCGACCGUGACGACGCGUCGGUACAUCUCGACGAGGAACCGAGUAACUCGCAGCCGGAGCGGACAGAUGCGCGUACCCUCUCUUCACCUCCCUCCGCCAUGUCGUUAUCAGGCAUCUUGCGAUCCAAGGUGGGACGCAAGCGUGGUGUAAGCAACGCAAACACCACUGACAACGAGACGUCAGCACCAGAAGAAUCAGACUUGGAAAAAUCAAACGGCUGGUCGGGGCGCGUACGAGCGCGUCUACUCAGUUUAAAAUCGAACAAGAAUUCUGGUUCCAAUUCUGAGCCAUCAGACAUUCCGCGCUUGCCUUCGCGUGGGGCAUCUACUAGCUUAACCAACCUUAAGGCAUCGAACUCAUCCGAUUCAAGACCAGCUCCCAAUGCCAUGGUAUCAUCUCAGGAACCAGAUCGAGCCGGACCGAAAGCAACGAAGCGCUCUCGCUCACAUAGCGUUGGUCCACCAAGUAAGAGUACGACUCAGAAAAUAGCGAAGAGGUUAUCGUUCGGCAACCAGGCCCCUAGAAAGCCGGAGAUUACUCGAGAAAUAUCUAUAGCAGUUAUAGGGCCACCAUCAUGUGGGAAAUCGACAUUCAUCCGUAAAGGCCUGAAGAAGCACGAUUUAUCUGGUCCCGAAACCCUCUCGGCGACCGUGGCCAUAGGAAAUACAACGCGAAAUGUCAAUUACACCCGUCGAACUGCUCAUUUAUUGAACGAGUUCAAUACUGAUACUACCGUUUUGGUGUACGAAUAUAAUUCUCUAGAGUGGAGGGACGACGACUGGGCUGCUCUCUUAUCCGUCUGGCCUUCCGGAUUGCCCCGGCCUGAUGGUGCUUUUAUAUGCUAUGAUGAGUCGGACCGUGUAUCGUUUCUAGAUGUAGUCCAACUUGCGACUGGACUCAAAGCAUUGCGCAUUCCCACACUGGUGAUUGCAUGUAAAGCCGAUUUGGAGAAACGCGUGCCCCCAGAAGAGGCGGCGAUUGCAGUUCAUCCUUACAGUAAGCUUAUCGAAGUCUCCCACCACUCGGACGAGGGUAAGCGCCGCAUGAGAAAAGCUGUUGAACACCUAGUCAAGCAAGUCGUUGCUCUGCAAUUUCCUUCACAUCCAUUGACCGUCGCACACACGAAACGAGAGAGCGUGACAUCCGUUGACCUGCCCGUAAGGGUAGUAAAGAAGGCAACGGACGUAUCACUUUCCGUGCAAACAGGUGGAUCUGCAACUUCCAUUGACUUAGCAUCACCCACUUCCCCACAGAGUCCUUCCAUGAGCCAGUCUCUUUCGUCACGCACGAGGCUGUCUUCUUCGCCUUCACCAUCGGCGGGGCGAUCCCCGACAAAAGCGUGUUCUAUGAAUGACUUACGGAACGACCAACGACAUUUCAUUUCCCCGACGGUUUUAAGUGACAAUGAAAACCUGAAACAGAGUCAGGCGAGCCUGUCAAGUUCAUCCACGAAGAGUGCAGAAUCUCUCGUUGGAUCUCCAGCCCCUCGGAGACCAAUAUCUUCUUUAUCUUUAAGAGCGAUCGAGAAGGGUCGCGUAUCCUGUAGUAAUUGUUCAGAUAGGGAAAGACAGAAUACGAGGUCACCACCGAGCCCCUGGGUUACAUUAGACGAGCUCCUUGAAAAGCUGUUCUUCUUAGCCAUUAGCGGGGACGAUCCUUCCUUCAUAUCUCAUUUCUUCUUGACAUAUCGCCGAUUUGCAACUCCGAGGUCCAUCCUUCUAGGUAUGCAAAAGCGUAUGAACGAACUACGCCAAUCUACCGGAGAUGUUGCACUUUCAUGCUUUGCGCAAAUGCGAAUAUGCAAUUUGCUGGAGCAAUGGAUCAAGGAUUAUCCUUCUGAUUUUGCGGUCCCUGGUACUUACGGCGCACUCCAUGCUGUGAUCAGACACGUUCUGGCCUAUUCGCACACCUUAUCGUAUGGAUCCGAGUUUCUGCCUUUCCUCGAUACUCUUGGAACGUUGAGGGACAACGAAACUCCCUGGGCCCUGAAAGCAGAUGAUUAUUCUGCUCAUGAGAGCGAUACAGAAGUGGACAGCAUGUUCGACGCUGAUUUCGGUAGUCUGGAUACUGGAAAGAUCUCGCCUAUCUCUUCGCUUUCUCCAAGACCUAGCCGUAACAGCACGUCGGAGGCGUCAAAUAGCCCUCGUUCAUCCGCUCGUGAGCGAAGAUCAAGCCUUCCACUAAACGCGAUGGCGCUUCUUAAGGCGCCGAUCUUAAAUGCAUUUCACAACGCUGACGAGCGAAGCGGUCCAUCGGCGAAGGAGAUUGUGUCGAAAUUGCAGCGAACUGCCACCGCUCUCAGUAACUAUGAAGCCGAUUCAAUUGCAGAUGAGAUUACGAGACGCGAACUGGAACUGUUUCUCAAGAUCGAGCCUCGUGACUGGUUACGGCACACGCUCAUUCCUGGGAAGAAGGACCCGAAGACAGAUCCAAUAGCAAAGUUCAAUGCCCAUUACAACGAUCUCCAUGAAUGGGCCGUCUCUUUGAUUCUUUGCCAUGACAAAGCGAAGAACCGAGCUCGUCAAAUUGAGAAAUUUGCUGAAGUUGCUUCAAAGUUGCGUUUACUGAAUAAUUAUUCUGCCCUCCGUGCCCUAAUCACCGCCAUUAACCAGGCGACAUACCAUGGCGACCCAUCUAUGGAGAUCUUCAAGCUGAGAGUCGACUUGCAUAAAAAGUUCUUAAGCUCGGACAUCCUUCUGCGAACGACGGGUGCUCACCAGUCAUAUCGCAUGGCUCUGCGCAACACGAAAGGGCCCUGUAUUCCUUCUCUCGAGGUUCAUACAUCUGAUCUCCGUCGCGCCCAUGAGGGGAACCCAGACACGAAGCAUGAUGAUCCUUCCAAGAUCAACUGGGCUAAGUAUAACAUGAUGGGUAGAUUUAUUGGGACAACAACGGCGAUUCAAGAGCGUUGCACCGGUCGUAAUGGAUACCAUUUUACGGAAAAUAAGUAUUUGGGCCAACUCUUUGACGUACCUGUCAUGGACUACGAGAUGCAACAAAGUCGGAUGGCGCAGUCCACCAAUGACGAUGCACCACCGCUCAGCCAUCCUGGCUCAUCAACGAACGUUGCCGCUAAUCAUACAAAAGAGAAUAACAGCGUCAUCAAGCGGAUACUGCAGUGGUAA